AGGACGCCACACCCAGCGGCCUCAAGCUGGACCUGAACGCCGAGGCUCUCCUGGCGCCGAUCUGCGGGACCGUGGUGCCCUUCCACGUGCGCAUGAUCAAGAACAUGUCGAAGAGCCUCGUCGACAGGACCCACUUCUUGCGGGUGAACUUCUUCACGCCCGGCCAGGGAAAGACUGAAGCCGACUACCCAGUCGUGAAGGGCAACAGGCUUUUCGUCAGGGAGCUCUGUUUCCGAAGCCAGAAUCAGGUGAACUUUGACAAGGUGAUGCGGGAGUUCAAGGAAGCUCAGAAGAGGACACGACAGCGUGAUCUUGAAGGCGAGUGUAGAAGCACCACGGCGGAAGUCGGGUCGCUGCAGUGUCUGCGCGCGCCGCCAUGCUUGCGAGACCUCCACGUGAGGCCAAGUCUCAGCACCGGGAGGCGUUGCGUGGGCACCCUCGAGGCGCACGCCAAUGGCUUCCGCUUCGGUGCGAGAGGCGGAGCGGACAAGGUCGACAUCCUCUACUCACAGGUGAAGCAUGCAAUUUUCGAGGCUUGCGACAACACGCCGCUCGUGCUCAUCCACCUCCACUUCGUAGAGCCGAUUAUGCUUGGGAAGAAGAAGGCGCAGGAUGUCCAAUUCUACGCUGAAGCUGUCCAGAUGACAGAGGACCUCUCCCAAGCCCGCGGCGGAAGCCAUUACGAUCCGGACGAGAUACUUGAGGAGCAGCGAGAACGGGAGAUGAGGGAGCGAUUGAAUAAGAUGUUCCACGAUUUCGUGAAAAAGGUGGAGGCUAUCCAAACUUGCAACCUGGAGUUUGACAUCCCCGUCAGGGAGCUUGCUUUCGAGGGCGUACCGAACAAGAGCGUCAUCACAUUGUGCCCAUGCAAAACGGUUCUAAGUGCGCUGCAAGAUUGGCCGCCAUUUAUUCUCGAUCUGUCUGAAAUUGACGUUGUUGUGUUCGAGCGGGCCAUGGCUCAGCUGCGCGAGUUCGACAUGGUCUUCGUGAAGAAGGACUACGAGCAGUCCCCUAUCCGAAUCACAACCAUUCCCACGAAUUCCCUCAAAGAUAUCAAGCCGUGGCUCCAUGACAUGAAGAUGAUCUACGAGGCUUGUGCCACUCCUCGUCGACUCGUCGUCUUCCUAUCGCAGUGUCCCCCAUCCUAAG